GUUGCUUCUUUCUCCGUUGGCGGCACACCGUACAAACUCUCUCUCCUUCCUCCAAUGCAAAUCAAAACCACCAAAAUCAAAUCGACAUCCAGUUCAAGGGAACUUCUUCAAUUAAUCGCCAACACGAUCAGGGAUCGAAAUUAGAUUUCUGAACAAAAGGUGAUGAUGCAGGCGCCGGAGAAUUUGUUGACGGUUUUCGCUAAUCCAGAAUCCCAGAACCCGGCGCCAUCCAGUGAUCAUGCCAGGCCAAUGCGGUUCGUGUACAGAGAUGAGAAUGGGGUGUUUAAGAUGAACCCAGAAGCCACUGAUGUGCUCAGACGAGUCAAGGGACCCAUUGCUGUUGUCUCUGUUUGCGGCCCCGCUUGUAAAGGCAAAAGCUUUCUUCUGAACCAUCUUCUUGGUAAGAUUAGCAAAUUUCAAGUUGCACCAAGCCAUCGGCAGUUUACGGAAGGGAUUUGGAUGUGGAGUGCUCCAGUGAAGCAAACUGCUCUUGAUGGAACAGAAUAUAGUCUUCUGCUGUUGGAUAUGGAAGGAAUUGAUUCCUGUGAUCAAAUGGACUUGUACAGAACUCAAAUUUUCUCCUCGGUGAUUCUCCUGUCAAGUUUGUUAAUCUACAAUCAGAUUGGCAGUAUUAAUGAAACUGCUCUUGAUCAUCUCUCAAUUGUCGCCGAAUUGACCAAACUUAUCCAUGUUGAUGAAUCUGGAGGAAGGACUACCCUGUGUGAACUUGGACCAUUUUCUUUGCCCCCAAUUUUUGUCUGGCUUCUGAGGGACUUCUACUUGGAUUUAAACCAGGGAAAAGAAAAAAUAACACCUCGUGAUUAUCUUGAGCAAAAAUUGAGGCCACUGCCAGGUGAUGGAAAUGAUUUAGCUGUCAAAAAUCAGAUUCGGGAGUCUAUUCGAGCUCUUUUUACUGACCGCGAGUGUUUCGGCCUUGGCUUCCCUUUCAACAAUGGAAAUGAUCCUCAACAUAUUGAAAGAAUUUCAUUGGAAAAUUUACAUCCAGAAUUUCAAACUGGGCUUGAUGCAUUGACCAAGUAUGUCUUUGGGAGAACCAGGCCCAAGCAAGUAGGGGGUGCAAUCAUGACAGGACCAAUUCUUGCAGGAAUAACAAAAUAUUUUCUGGAUGCCCUCAAGAAUGGCUCGGUGCCAACAAUAUCAUCCUCAUGGCAGAGUGUAGAAGAAUCAGAGUGUAAGAGGGCAUACGAUGAAGCUACUGAAGUUUAUCUGUCUGCUUUUGACAGUGCAAGACCUCCUGAAGAAGCUUUCCUAAGAGAAGCACAUGAUGAAGCAGUUAAAAAAUCUCUUGUUGCGUUUAACAUGAAUGCUCUAGGAACUGGUUCAGCGAGGCAGAAAUAUGAAGUGCUUCUUCAUAAUUUCUUCACUGGGGUAUUUGAGGACUAUAAAAGAAAUGCUUUUAGGGAAGCUGACUUAAGAUGCUUGAAUGCCAUACAAGGUAUGGAAAAGAAAUUGCAAGCAGCUUCUCAUGUUCCUGAUGCAAAAGUUGAUCAUGUUGUCACGGUUCUUGAUGGUCUGGUCUCUGUAUAUGAAGCAUCUGUUCAUGGCCCAACAAAAUGGAAAAUGUUGUGCUCCUUCUUACAAAAGAGGUCUGUUCAAAUUCUAAAACAUCUUGGCAGGUUAACCUCGAUGUCUAUAACUUGUCUUGUUUGCCUCUUGAAGCAGCCUUUUGCACCAUGCUGGAUUACAAGCCCUUCAUCAUCCGAUCAUGCAUACAGGAAUUUAUCAGAGUCAGUCUGUCUGAGUGAACAAAUCCUCCCUUUAAUUACUGUUCUAAUACAUCUGAAGUUAUUGGAUUUCAGUUUGCAAGAUGUUAUAUUAAACCAGGCCAAGAAGCAAAUAGAACAAGUUUUAUCAGAGAAUAGUAACCUUCUUUUCAAAGGCCGCUCGGUUGAAGAUAAAAUAGAAUUGCUUAACAAGCAGUUGGAGGCAAGUGAGAAGUUUAGGGCAGAGUAUCAAAGUCAUUAUGAGAAUUCCAUUGAUGACUUUAAGAAACUUGCUGGUUACUAUGAGAGACGUAUUAUUGAUCUGGACAGCAAAUGCACCUCAUUGGAGGAGAGAUGUUCUUCUUUACUCCAGACUGAGGAUUCUGCAAGGCAAGAAUUCCUGGAGUGGAAGAGAAGAUACGAAGAGCUCUUGUCUAAGAAAAGUGCAGAUGAUUGCCAGCUUAAGUCAGAAAUAGAAGUUCUCAAGUCUAGGUGUAGGGCAGAUGGAGCAAAAAGUGCUGCUGCUAAUGUAAAAGUUGUCUCUGCUCAAACAAAAGCAAAUGAAUGGAAAGAGAAGUUUGGUGUUGCUCUGAGGGAGGUUGAAAUUCUCAAGUCUAACAGUGGAGAAGCUGAAGAAAAAACUUGUGCUGCUAAUGGAAGAUCUCUCCCCUCUCAAAAUGAAGCAGCUGAAUGGGAAGACAAGUAUGUUGCUGCUGUUAAAGAGGCCAAAGCUGCAAAUGAAAAAGCCCUCUCUUCUCAGAAGGAAUUAAACGAAUGGAAAGCAAAGUUUGAUGCUGCAGAUGAAAUUUCUCUGUCUGCUCAAAAGGAAUUAAUUGAAUGGAAAGACAAGUACUGUGAUGCUGUUAGAGAGGCCCAGACUGCUAAUGAGAAUUCCGUCUCUGUUCAGAAGGAAGCAAUCGAAUGGAAAGACAAGUUUGAUGCUGCUCUUAGAGAGGUUACCACUCUUAAGACUAACUAUGAAGAGGCUGAAGAAAGGAUUGCUGCCACUAAUGAAAUAGCACUUUCUGCUAGAAAGGAAGCAGUUGAAUGGAAAGAAGGGUAUGAUAUUGUUGUUACAGAGGCCAGAGCUGCUAAUGAGAAAGUCCUCUCUGCUCAGAAGGAAGCAAAUGAAUGGAGAGACAAGUUUGAUGCUGUUCUCAGAGAGGUUGCAAUUUUUAAGUCUAGCAGUGGAGAAGCUGAAGAAAAAACUUCUGAUGCAAAUGCAAAUGCUCUAUCUGCUCAAAAGGAUGCAACUGAAUGGAAAGACAAGUAUAAUUCUGCUGUUACAGAAGCCAAAACUGCUCUACAGGAGGCAGCUACACUCCAGGAAAGUGUAAAUGCUCUCCAAAUGGAAUUCUUUGGUAAUUUGGCAGAGAAGGACGAGGAAAUCAAUGAGGUUGCAGAACUUGUGGAUGCUGGGCAACAUUUUACCACUUUAAGUUCAGAGUUAAAGGCUGCUGAAUCAGGGAUAGAGAGCUGUGAUUUGAAAUCAGAAGAUUUGAGGCUUCAUAUUAAAGACUUGUGCAAACUGUAUGAAGUUAGCAAAGAUACUAUUGAAUCAUUGAGGAUAGAAGCUCGUCUGCUGGUGCAACAGAAAACCCAACUAAAGGAGCAGUUGUUUUCCCAGAUUGAAAAAGCAGAAAAGCACAUAAAAAGCUUGGAGGGAGAAAAGUUGGAUUUAUUGGGUGAGAUUGAGAAGCACCGUCUCUCUAGUGAGGGUGCCAAGUCCAAGCUUGCUUUACUGGAAGCAACAGUGAAAGAGAAGGAAGGAGAGAUAGAAUCAUUGUUGAAAGCAAACAAUAAGCAAUUGCUGAACUCAGCUCAAGUUCAAAGGAUUGCUUUGGAAUCUGAAUUUACAGCCCAUAUGGCGGUAAAAACUGCAGUUGAUGCUCCAUCCACACAAAUAGAAAUAGCGCAGAGAAAUGUAGAUUUUCUCUGGCAAGAAUUAACUCCAAACUUCUUAGACGAAGCUGCAUUAGAGUCUCAGUCCAAAAGGCCUCAUGGGAAACGCUCAAGGCCAGAAGCUCCUAGUGAGUGUUCUGAAAUGGCACAAUCCAUGGAUAUUGGUGGUGUCAGGGUAACCAAGAGAACAAAGAGCCCAGCGACCCCACACAAAUGCACAAUGUCGGAAGAUGUGGUUUCCUUUUCUGAAGGAACUGAAGGUGUAAGUGGAGGCUCUAAGGUGGAUUCGGGAAACUACACAAAGUUUACCAUUGCAAGACUGCGUGCAGAUCUCGCUGAACAAGGGUUUGGGUCCGAAUUACGUCAACUUAGGAGCCGCAAGAAGAAAGACAUCCUUGAAUUAUAUGAGAAACUUGUCCUCCACAUCUAACAGCAUUUGACAUCAAAUACUAUUUGACUUUUGAUGGAUAGAUUUGCCAUUACUGGGGGAAAAGGAAAAAUCUUGCGGUUUCUAAAAUUGCUCAAAUUCUAUCCAUACAUGAGGCAAUUUACGUUAGGUAUAGUUUGGAAUAUUUGUAAUUAGUAGAUGACGUGCAAUACAACUAGAAUUUUGUCUCAAAAUAAAAUAAUAAAGAUGUAUUGUGUGG